AUGUCAUUGAUAUCAGCUUUCCGUCCUCCGUCCACACGGAUCUCAUCGGCCCGUCGCAGAUCACAGUCACGACCACGUCGACGAAGAAGAACAAGCAACAGUCAACCUGUGGAACUUGAUUCCGAGGGUCAUGUCCAUGAACAAGAUGAUGCCCAUUCAAUCAUCACGCCGUCUAAGCACACGCCACGGCCAUUACGGUUGCUGCGUGGUUCUGUCGCGGCCGGUGGUCCUCUACGUCCAUUUCGCCUAGUGAAGCAAGAUAUUGUCAAUCUACGCCGACGAUGGACGUCCGAUUGGACUGUCUUCAAUCAACUUAUUUUCGCCAGUGCUGUCUACGUCUUCUUCACGAAUCUUCUGCCGGGCAUUACGUUCGCUAGUGAUCUCUAUGUGUUGACGGGCAAGACUUGGGGCACCAUCGAGGUGGUGUUCAGUACCGGAUUAUGCGGCAUCAUAUUCUCAGUGUUCUCGAUUCAACCCCUCACCAUUCUCGGCGUCACGGGCCCGUUUUCUGUCUUGGCAGAGAACAUCUACUCGCUGUGUGACGAAGUGUUUCAGAUUCCAUUCCUGCCAUUUAUGGCUUGGUCUUUGAUUCAUUCCGCGUGGAUGCACUAUGUCUUGGCGAUAAUCAAUGCCCACGACUGGACCAUGCGUUAUGUGACGACAUUUGCGACAGAAAUAUUCUCACUUCUCAACAGCAUCAUUUAUUUCCAUAAAGCCAUCCAAGAGCUUGAGAGAGCCCACGAAAGUCUCUCCUUUGCCGCCUUUCUCUACGCCGUGAUUGGUGCCGUGGGUACAAUGUUGCUUGCCAUCUUCCUUUCUACAGCCGAGAGCUGGAAACCUUUAUUUCAUCGAUAUAUUCGUCUCGGCCUCACGGAAUAUGCUGCCGCUAUAUCCAUCAUAAUAUUCAUUGGUCUACCUCAUGUUGGCGAGCUGGCCCACCUGGACAAAAUGACGUUGGCUGUCAGCGACUCAUUCCGGCCAACCUCUCCGGAACGAGAAAUAUUUUUCGUUGAGUUUUGGAAACUACCAACACAGUGGAUAUUUGCAUCUCUUAUCCCUGGUUUGAUCAUAACUGUUCUAUUCUUCUUCGAUCAUGAAGUUAGUUCGAUUAUCUGCACGAUUGAUCGAUAUGGAACCCGCAAACCAGGCGGGUUUGCUUGGGAUAUAGUCCUACUGGGCACGACUACGGCGCUAUGUGGCAUUCUGGAGAAAGAAGAGAAAAUUAUCAUCGUGGACGGCGAGGAAAAGAUCGAAAGACGAGAUGUGAAACGGGUAUACGAGCAAAGAUGGUCCGCUUUUCUCCAUUCUGGCGCUAUUCUAUUGUUUAUCAGUCCACCUUUUAUGAAAGUCCUGGGCUUGACGCCUACCAGCGUUCUAGCUGGGUUAUUCCUUUUCAUGGGCGAGCAAAGUUUGUCGGUCAAUCCAAUCUUAUACCGCACAUUUUACCUUCUUACUCCGCCAUCUGAGCUUCCUCCACUCCCUCAGUCACUGCAGAGAAGCACCCAGCCAAGAUCUACUGAUAGCCAAGUGACCCCUAGCAAUCCGUCCUACCUCCCGAUUCAUCUCUAUACAAUCCUGCAAAUCGUUACCACGGUAAUCAUAUUCAUUGUCACCCUCACUCGCGGGGCCCCUGCUUUCCCUGUCCUCAUCAUUGCUCUCGUGCCGUUCCGUCUUCUAGUUAUGAAGCGAUGGUGGCCUCGUGAAGCUCUCCGCUUCGUCGAUGCAUGGGCUUGUCGUGAGGGCACCCCAGAAGAUGACGAGGAUGCCCGAUCAAAGAAAAAUGAGCAGACACUUAAAGAGGGGUCGGCUUUGGGUGAAGACGGUGUUCUCGAGAAUAGACUCUCGACAAAUACCGAAAGAAGGUCCAACUCGAACCGUGCUAGUGGAUUUAGCGCUGAUAUUGGAGACCAGGAGGUUUGGGGCAUGACUGGCGAUGACGCAGAUCAUGAAUGGAUUGGGCUAGAGAACCGUGGUUUUCCUGAUGAAGAGUUUGGUCGUCAUUAA